CUGCAACGAGGCGAAUAAAGGGAAUUUAAACAGCUCUGUGUGUGGUUGCUGGUUAGUUGACUAAAGAGUAAAAAGACCAAUGGAGCUCACGGCUCUUUGUGAAAAGAAAUUGCUUUAGGUUUUAACUAUCGGACUGCGACAAAUAACCACUGGAUGAAGGAGCGUUCACAGGAUGGCGGGAGUGUUCGACAUAGACUUGGAAACUGAGGACCUCAGUGAUACAGAGGAUGAUGUCUGUGACUUGACUGUAACAGAACCAGAGAAUGUGCAGACGGAGGAGGUGGAGCUGACAAGUGAGAGUGUCAACAGAGACAGUGAGAGAGUGGGACCGGACUGCUUUGAGCUUCUGACCGUGCUCGGAAAAGGAGCCUAUGGCAAGGUUUUCCAGGUGAGGAAGGUUCAAGGUGCUCAGACCGGGAACAUAUUUGCUAUGAAGGUCCUGAAAAAGGCGAAGAUAGUGUGUAAUGCAAAAGACACAGCCCAUACACGAGCAGAGCGGGAGAUCCUGGAGACCGUGAGACACCCGUUCAUCGUGGAUCUGCUCUACGCCUUCCAGACUGGAGGAAAACUCUACCUCAUACUCGAGUGUCUGAGUGGAGGGGAGCUGUUCAUGCAGCUAGAGAAGGAGGGAAUCUUCAUGGAGGACACUGCUUGUUUCUAUCUAGGAGAGAUCACAUUGGCUCUGGGUCACCUUCACUCUAACGGGAUCAUUUACCGAGACCUCAAACCUGAAAACAUCAUGCUUAAUCACCAAGGACACAUCAAGCUAACUGACUUUGGCCUCUGUAAGGAAUCCAUUCAUGAUGGAACCGUCACACACACCUUCUGUGGCACCAUAGAGUACAUGGCUCCAGAGAUCCUGACCAGGUCGGGUCACAACAGAGCUGUAGACUGGUGGAGUCUCGGAGCCCUGAUGUACGAUAUGAUGACCGGAUCGCCUCCAUUUACAGCUGAAAACAGGAAGAAGACCAUGGAUAAGAUCCUAAAGUGUAAAAUCAAUCUGCCUCCAUACCUGACCAUCGAUGCCAGGGACCUCAUCAAGAAGUUGUUGAAGAAGAGUGCAGCCCAAAGACUUGGCUCCAGUAAAGAAGACUGUGCCGAUAUCCAGAAGCAUCCGUUCUUCAGGCAUAUCAACUGGGAUGACCUGCUGAAUAAGACCGUAGAGCCGCCUUACAAGCCACAGCUGCAGUCAGACGAGGAUGUGAGCCAGUUUGACACGAGAUUCACCCGACAGACCCCAGUGGACAGUCCUGACGACACAACACUUAGCCACAGUGCAGAGCUCGCCUUUGCUGGUUUCACCUACGUGGCUCCAUCUGUCCUAGAGAGUCUAAAAGAAGGCUUCUCAUUUGAACCCCGAACGCGCCCUGUACGCAGACACAACAGCAGCCCACGCACACCCAUCAGGUAA